AGGAAAUGUCACUUUAAAGAGUUUUUGAGAAAUUACUAUACUGGGAUGUGUACUUAUCAGCAAUUAUUCAUGGCCAUGAAAGUUUAAUGUUAACAGUGAUGCUAUUUUUACCAGCAUUGAUUUUUUCACCAACUACUAUUGCUGCACCUAUUUUCUUCAUAACUUAUUAAUACGGUUAUGCUUAUUCAAUAAGAUAUGUGAUUUCAAUAGUUCUGUCACUAGUGUUAACAACUUUCUUUAAAAAACAUUUCAAAAGACCAAGACCUAAACCUCGUCCACAAUUAUCACUUAAACCUAUGUAUUUUAGGAAUAAAGAAACUAAUUAUUCCUUACCUAGUGGAGAUUGUGCCUAAGCUGCAACCUUUCUCUUUUACUUUCUNAAAAAGUAAUUACAAGUUUAGCAAUUUCAGUGUUUAAUUCUGCAAGGAUACCUCCUGUAGUUAAAUGGAGUUCACCAAAGUUCAAAAUGAAAUUACCCCAACCAGAUUGUUUAAUUUAAGCAAAAGCUUUUUGGUCAUGGCUUGUCCAAACUGA